CUCACCCGUGACCUCGAAAAGUGGGAAAGACUUGACUGGCACGGUAUUAGCAAUCGCCUUGCAUGGAAGGCAUUAGUGAACAUCUUAAGACAGCGAUGCGCAACAACGACAUUCCGCAAAGCAGACGGCAAAGAAGAGUGGUCCCUAAUGGAUAAAGGCAGAUCAGUGGCGAAGCAGCUAACUGAGCGGAAUGAAGUGCAAACCAUAACUCCGAUAACAGAUCAACGCUUCAACCUAUCCGGAGUAAGACUAUCAGACCUAUCCCAACGUCUCGCAUAUAGGAUGAUACGGCUAAGACACAAGUCUAAGAGACCGGCCACGAGGCACAACCUCGAAUCAAUAAUUGACAACUUGGUUAGUAAAGGAGAGGGGGGCACCAAGGAAGAUGAAAUAUGGACGAGCCUACGAGUAAUAGAAAUCCGCAAGCCAGUACAAGACUUUCUCUGGAAAUGUAUACAUAACGCACACAGGUGUGGGGCAUUCUGGAAGAACAUACCAGACUAUGAAGACCGAGCUCUAUGCUCACACUGCGGCGACUUGGAGACGAUGGAACACAUUAUGGUCCAAUGCCAAGCCCCAGGCAGAGACACUGUCUGGGACCUAGCAGGAAAGAUCUGGGAGAUGAAACAAGCUGAGUGGACGAGACCAAGUUACACUGAGAUAAUAGGUGUCGGCCUACAAAAGUGGUACACCCCGAAAAUGAAGCGUAGACCGACGGCUGAACGCUUCUGGCGGAUCCUAAUAUCGGAGUCGGCAUACUUAAUAUGGUGCCUAAGAUGCGAGAGAGCGAUAGGUCACUCUGAUGAUACGAACUGGAAACACACCGAGAAAGAGAUAAACGCUAGGUGGACGUCAACUCUAAACAAGAGAUUGCACCUAGAGAUGGCGAUGACUCAUAGACGAUUCGGAAGACAAGCCCUGAGGAAGGACACUAUCUUAGGUACCUGGAGGGGAACACUACGAGAUGAGCGAGCGUUGCCCGACGAUUGG